GAGUCCGCACAUACAAAACAGACUGCCACACCAAACGGAGGGAACGGAGGCAGGACACAGUGCCCCCCGCCAACUCCUCACGGCCCCAUGGAGUACCUCAGCUCCUUGGCUCCAUCCGCUCUGUUAAGGACGGUAUCGAGCGCAGGAUCAGGCCUCACCCGGCGGGUCUGGGCCCCGAGCCCCCCACCCCAGAGGCCCUUCCGGGUCUGCGACCACAAGCGCAAUGUGCGGAAGGGGCUGAUGGUGGGCACCUUGAAGGAGCUGCAGACCAAGGCCGCGGAGGCGUUACUGUUCUGUGGGGUGGUUUGUUUGGUGCUGGAGGAAGAUGGCACAGCGGUGGAGAGCGAGGAGUUCUUUCAAGUUCUGGACGACAAUACAACCCUCAUGGUGCUGGGAAAGGAUCAGAAAUGGAGUCCUGGGAAGGGUGGCAGCCGCUCAUACGCACUAAGCCGAGGGAAGCCCCAAAACAGCCGAGACAUCGCCCGCAUCACUUUCGACGUCUACAAGCUCAAUCCCCGUGAUCUUUUCGGCAGCCUCAACGUUUCAGCAACCUUCUAUGGGCUCUACUCCAUGAGCUGUGACUUCAAGUGUCUGGGACCCAAGAAAGUGCUCAGGGAGAUACUUCGGGUGGUCUCCGGCAUCAUGCAAGGGAUCGGGCACAUCCUCCUGGGCGCUUCUCACUACAUCCGUCGCCUCCUGGAGGGCAGCGAGAACUGGCAUUCCCACAGCCGGCUGCGCGCCUACGAAGACUGAGCUCUCCCCCCGCCCACCUCCCGUCCUGAGACACCGAGGGAGAACUCCCCUACUGCAACCCCACCAAACACCGAGGAAGAUAAUUUAAAAGUAAUGGGGUGUGUGUUUUUUUGCUGUAUACCAGGGGUGGCCAACAGUAGCUCUCCAGAAGUUUUUUUGCCUACAACUCCCAUCAGCCCCAGCCAUUGGUCAUGCUGGCUGGGGCUGAUGGGAGCUGUAGGCAAAAAACAUCUGGAGAGCUACCCUUGGCCACCCCUGCUGUAGAGAGUAGACUGUAUACCAGGG